CAUCGCCACCGCGCCUCGCCUUCCCUCCUCCGGUUGAUUAUUUGCCGCUCCGGCAAAAGCCGCCGCUGCUGCUGCCAGGAAGCCGGGUCGAGCGGUGGCACGUGCCCGGCUCGUCUCGGUUUGCUGCAGUGGGGUGGUGGUGAGAUGCAGUCCAAACCGAGCAGCCGGCUGCCCCCGGCAGAGGGGCAAUGCCUCCUUCCACUCCCAGCGGUAAUUUAGGGCGGUUUCCACCACCGCUCACAGGAAGCCGCGCGCAGGCAGCGCCAGUGACGUUGCUGGCUUCAGCGUGGUGAGAUGGCCCAGCAGCUCAUCUGGUAGGGUGAUGGCAGUGCCUCUGGGUGGCUGCACCGGGACCCGGGCUGGGGGCACGGCAGGGGGGGUGCAAGCUCCUGUGUCCCUCUCCUGGCAGGAUCAUGCGCCCGGACGACGCCAAUGUCGCGGGGAAUGUCCAUGGGGGAACCAUCCUGAAGAUGAUCGAGGAGGCGGGAGCCAUCAUCAGCACCCGCCACUGCAACUCCCAAGCUGGGGAGCCCUGUGUGGCCGCGCUGGCGCGGGUGGAGCGGACGGACUUCCUCUCUCCAGUGUGCAUCGGCGAGGUGGCCAACGUCAGCGCCGAGAUAACCUACACCUCCCGGCACUCUGUGGAGGUCCAGGUCAACGUCAUGUCCGAAAACAUCUUAACAGGGGCAAAGAAGGUGACGAACAAGGCGACGCUGUGGUACGUGCCACUGUCCCUGAAGAACGUGAACAAGGUCCUUGAGGUUCCCCCCAUCCAGUAUGCCAGAAAGGAGCAGGAGGACGAGGGGAAGAAGCGCUAUGAGGAGCAAAAGCUGGAUAGGCUGGAAACUAAGCAGAGAAAUGGCGACGUGAUCUUCCCUGUCAUCAACCCAGAUAGGCAGACAAAAGAGCCGCACACCGUCAGCUAUAGCCAGUCCAGCCUGAUCCACCUGGUGGGACCAUCGGACUGCACGCUGCUGGGCUUCGUGCAUGGAGGUGUCACCAUGAAGCUCAUGGACGAGGUUGCCGGGAUUGUGGCUGCCCGCCACUGCAAGACCAACAUCGUCACCGCCUCGGUGGACGCCAUCAACUUCCACGAGAAGAUCAAAAAAGGCAGCGUCAUCACCAUUUCGGGGCGCAUGACCUUCACAAGCAAUAAAUCCAUGGAAAUCGAAGUCUUUGUGGAUGCUGACCCAUUUGUGGAUGAGCCUCGGGAGCGGUACCGUGCCGUCAGCGCCUUCUUCACCUACGUCUCCCUGAGCAAGGAGGGGAAGCCCCUGCCUGUCCCACAGCUGCUGACGGAGACGGAGGAUGAGAAGCGGCGCUUUGAGGAAGGGAAGGGCAGGUACCUCCAGACAAAAGCCAAGCGGCAGGCGCAGAUGCAGCAGGCUGCCCAGCAGUGAUCCCGUCCCGUGCCGCCCCGCGCUCUCGCAGCCUUCACCCGCCGAACGUCUGGGUUCCCGUUAGUGUUGUGUCUGGUCCGCGCCGGGCCUCGCACCUUCGCCCGCCCCAGCCUGCUGCCGGAGCUGCCGCGGCAGCGUGGUUGCUUCACUGCUGACUGGUUUAGCGCCCGUAGACCUUGUGCUUUAGGUGGCCUAAGCGCCCUGAAAGCUGCCGGGAGCCUUCCCGGUCGCUUGCCAUUCACCUCUGGAGCCCUGUUUUCACCAUUGAAUCCUGUAAGCAGAACGCCUGUGCCGGAGCGGGGCAGAGGCGCGUGGCGGCACGAGGGAUGCGUGAGGCCGCGAGUCUUUGUGAUGCUGUGUUAAACUUGCCAGUUAUGUCCUAAAACUGCACACCAAAGCUUACAUGCGAUACUCGCGACGGGAAACGCGCCCUGGUAUCGCACUGAAUGUCUCGGACCAUUUUGUUGACAUCUCUAGGUAGUUUCUCUGUGCACAUCUAAGUUAUUUAAGGA